CGGGAGCCAGUAGCCUCCUCCCUCUGCUCAUCGUCAACACUCGUACGCCUCUCGCAGCUCAGGGUUCUGCCACUACAAGAAGGCUUCUACUUCUCUCCUUCCGGCUUACAAUAUUCUUCUCCUUGCCCUAGGUUUUGACAAACGUGAACGAUAUCUCCAACAAGCCUCAGGUAGGCUGGUUGGAUCACGGCCUCAUUCUCUGCUGUUAUCUUCUCUCAUAUCCUUUCCUAUAUCAUCUCCUUCGCCGGACAUCCAAACUUGUCUCAGCAUAUCAUAUCUCUUUCAACUCACUUUUCACACGCCAUCCGGCCUCACUCAAUCACAGCGGGCACACACGGUCACUCACUCAUGCAUCACUGGUUAGCCGAGUAUCGUCUUGCUCAGCGCCGGUUGACACUCAACUGAUCGAAUUCCUUCUCCCUCAUUGAGACAUCUGCAGAGACAGGAGAUAGCAGAACAUGGACAACCUCACGCCACCGCCCACUCUCAAUGGAGAUGUGCCAGAUCAAGAAGGCCACUGUACGAACUCGCAGUGUACCCGCGAUCGUGGCAUUCUGGAAGGCCUGAACAACACUCUCCGAGCAGAAAAGGCUGCCCUCGAAACAGAGAAUACCGAGUUACGGGCAGAAAUUGCACGGUUGCGGGCAAGGUCUUCAAAGCACACCCAAAGAACCUGGCCACGAAUGUUACGCCAAUACCUGCUAACCGGAGACCCGUCAUGGGAUGAGGUAUGCAGACAAUGUAACAAGGAGGAGAAUAUGAGCGUCAAUGUCAAAUGGCACCAUCCAGACAUCAAAUUCGUCACGCCAGAGGAAGGAGAUGCGGCGGUUCCGGACCUACUUGGACCCGUCGACAACAGACAGUUCAACUUCAACGCCCUCCCGGUUGAAGUCCAAGCCAGAAUCUUUAGACUCUGGUUAUACAAAGAGGGAAACCUCAUCCACGCCAUUUCCCGACUAGACCCCUUCGUCCCAAACGAGGAUUUCCCCGAGGAAGCGGCCCUCAGAAAACGAAGUGGCCUCAAACACACCUUUUUCUAUGGAGAGCGAAACUGCAGUAUCACUCACAGCGGCCAACCCCCCAACUCCCUCCUCCGCAUCCUCCUCGUCUGCCGUCGCUUCUACUUCAUCGGCAUUCACUGCUUCUACGGCCUCAACACCUUCGCCUUCUCCAGCCUCGGCGAGUUCCUCCGCUUCUGUCAAGGGAUUGGUCCGGCCCGCGUCGACCGCCUCCAGCACCUCGAAAUUACCUUAACCGGUAAUCAAUACCUGACCGUUCCUUUGGACGAAAAGGGCCGUAUCCCUUACUCCCGGCGGACCUUCCCCCUCAGCUUUCUGCCGGACUGUCAUCGUCUUAGGACCCUGGUGAUCCACGUCGACGAAAGCAGCAGCCAUUACAGCCGUCGCCGAUAUGAAACCCGGGCUAUCAAGGAGUUCAUGGACGGCAAAACGGCUGGCCAGCCUAACCAGCGCAAACUUCGCGCUCUCCGCUGCAUUCAGGGCAUAGACUUCAUCUAUGCCCUCCGCGGCCUGGAAUGGAUUCGGUUUUACGACCUUCACAAGGCUAUCAUAUCUGGGACUGCUACCCGUGAGCCCGUGGCGGACUGGUCAUUCGUGGAGGACGUUACGAAUACUGCUACUAUGCAGAAAGUGGCCAGCCGUCGGGAAAGCUCAAAGCUAGAGAAUCUGCAGCCUCUUUUCAGUAACAAUGACCACCAGCAAGAGGCUUGGAACCCCGGCCGGGCAGAUUGGGAGCUGGUCAAAAGCUUUUAUAUCGACAAUGGUGGCAUACGGUCGUAUGACCAGUUAAGACAGGAUGGGUUCCCUCAUGAUGCUGACAUCUUGUCGCGUAUGAGUGCUAGUAGUGGUCCAAGACAGGGGCAUUCUUCGAAUUCGGGAAGCUCGAGUUCUUCGAGCUCAAGUUCUUCUGGUGGACCGCAUCAUGGUCGUGGAGGUCCGGCAAUUCGGGGACGAGGGGACCGGGGAAAAGCUGCUGCCGCCCGACGUGGUCAGGUUGCCAGGGGAAACGCGAGCAGAGGCCGUGGAGGUCAAGGUGCCUCCGGCAGAGGUCGUGGAGGUUGUUUCGCCAACGUCAACGUCAACGCAGCGCGCAGCAACCCUACACCGUCCCCGAGUAUACCCGUCGACCAUGACACCUCAAUGUCAUCCGGUUCCUCCGACUCGGAUUCGGAUUCGGAUGAUUCCCAAGGCAUGGCCAUGAGUGCCGCGGGAGGAUCCAUUGCCGAUGCCAUCGAUCUCAGUGAUUCCGAUUCUGACACAGAGACCGACUCACCACAUACCGGAAGCGCGGCCGGUAGUAUCUUAAUCGAACUCUUAUCUGAUUCAGAGUCCGACUCAGAGGAGGAUAGCCUCUUUGUCAGCCAACACAAUCACAACCAUCACCAUCACCACCGCGACCCCAGCCGCAGCCGCCACGGCAGCAGCAGCACAGGCGACGCAGCAACCCCGAUGCUCAUCGACGACGACGCCGACGACGGCGACCACCACCACAACCACCAUCAUCACCAGGCCCCAAGCACCACCGCCUCCGUCCCCGUCCGCCUCCACUCCCUAACCCCCAUGGGUUUCAUGACUCCCAGUCUCAUGGACAGAGGCAUCUCCGUCCCAGCGAACCUUCCAUUCUUAGGUCCCCCAAGCUUCGCUUCGUUGCUUAACAUCCAACCAGCGUCGGCGGCGGGGGCUAGGUACCUGCCUCCUAACAACGCAGCUGCUUUGGAGUCUGCGGCUGCAGGUGUGGCUGCUUCGAGGAGGGGUUCUAUGUCGAUGUCUAUGUCAAUGUCUAGGUCGGUUUCCAGGUCGGUUUCCAGGGCUGGGUCGUUCGCAAGUGCGAAUGGGGGUGGGAGUGGAAGUGGGAGUCGAGCGGGGACGGCUUCUAGUUGUGGACGAUCAUUGGCACGGUUGUCGGUAAGGUCAGGGAGUUCGGGAUCAUCGGGGUCUUCAGGGUUGUUUGUCAGCCAGAGGCAGAGACAGAGGCAGUCGGGAGGUACAAGUGAGAGGGAUAGUGUUGAUUUGACGAAUGCUGAUGAGGAUGACGAACACGCUGAAGAUGAUGAGCAUGGGACAAGUGGUGGAAGUGGAAGUGGACAUGGAGAUGGGGAGUUGAUGACGAUCGAGGAGGAGAAGGGUGACGAGAAUGGGAAUGACAGAGAGGGUCAGGAUAGUGGCUAUGAAGGAGCGGAUGAUAGCGAUGUCGAGAUGGUUGAUUCGGUUUGAGGUCGGUGAGACGCUGGAGGACGGGGCUGAACCAGUUCAAGUGAACUUGCGAUGUCUUUACCCUGGAGCGAUAUGCAUGUUUGGUGUUGGGGUAGGCGUUGGUGGUCGAUAUC